GACACCCUCCCCACCUAUUAUUGUCUUCGGAACUAACAGCCUUGUAUAGUAAUCCAUGAUUGAAAAAACCAGAUUGUCCCUGUUAAUUUUGAUUACUUAAAUUUAUGCAGGCUAUGCCGGCCUUAUCGCUUGCAGGGAUCAACCACACCAUUCUAUAAUUAGCACCGGGUUGCACCAGACCUAUUACUCGAAAGGGACACAUUAUCGAAAAGAAGCAUGGUUCUGGAUCGGUUCAGUGACGCUGUGCAGCGAAUUCGGAGGCAUUCGGUGUUGCGACGGAGGUCAACUAGAAAAUGCUCUACCAGUCAGAACUGCCGGGAGCAGUCAAUCUGGGAAACACUUCCCAGUGACAUAUUAAUCCGGAUCCUGGCACAAUGCGAAUUAAACGAUAUACACGCCCUGGCUCUGGUCUGUCGCGUGCUGCACCGGCGCAUCUAUCAACAUGAACCUGCCAUUGCGCAGGAAUAUCUUUGCCGUCGCCUACACCAGCAUUGUCCGGCGGUUUUAUCACCUGGCGAUAAUCUAACACUCAUAUACAACCUAUUUCCUCCACCGCCACCGCAUUAUCCUUCAACCGAUGGCAGUCUAGAAAACAAUUUCCCAGAAUACUCAUUCAGCUACUUAUCCGACCUAACUCGAUGCUGGCGAACCUGUAUAAGACUAUCAUUCUACCUGGCUGAAAUGACAGUUCAACACCAUCUCGAAACCGAAACUACUAUCCGUGGUGUAUCAGAACAAGAAGCCAUCUAUAGCAAGGCCAUAUGCCAGCUUCAAGAUAGGCUGCUACAUCCUGUAGCAUAUCUAAUCUUCUUUCUCGAAUCCGACGCAGCAACAACAUCCCCAUCCAUCAAAACCCAACAAUCUAUCCUCCAACAACCCCCCUUCACAGAUACCCAGAUCCUCCUCUCCACACAGCACUGCAUGACACUCCUCUGCAACUGUCUCCGCCGCCUAAUGGCGCCUGAUAUCCAAUACCCCUCUACUGAGCCCUGGCUCCGGCUCCUCCUCACCACAUCAACACUAGAGCGAACACUUGACUUUUUCGCAGCCGCUGCAACUCCAAAUACCAGCGCAACCGACAAGAAGAAAGAGAAAAUCACCGAAUCAACUGUCAAUACCUCCUGGACGCCCCGAAUGGAAUUCAUCUGGCAAAUGCGGAAUGACUGGGAACAAAUAUUAUCCACAACAAGAGGGUCUAUUUACGACCUUGAUGCUAAGAACGAAGCCAUCAGGGUUCUGAGCACGGCUGGUGUGGAGGACGUUUGGUUCGAGGCUGCAAAGAGGGAAUUGAACCGCAGGAGCAUGAUACCACAUGCCUGCGAGGAAGGGAUUCCAGUUCUUCACAAAGCGACUACCAGGCUGAGAUGCGAGUUCUGCGAAUAGCUUCUUUACAUGACCAAUCUGGUAGAAGACUGCAACUUCAGGAUU